UGCGCGUGCGCAGCAGUGUGGCACUUUGGUGAGUGCACCCAAAUCCAACGUGAAUCUUGUAAAUCGGUUGAAGUGAGUAGUUUCUUUGUCGUCUGUUAACGUCUCUCCAGUUAUGGCACCGCGAAAAGGAAAGGAAAGAAAGGAAGAACAAGUUGUUCAACUGGGGCCCCAGGUUGAAGAAGGCGAAGAAGUCUUUGGUGUAGCUCAUAUAUUCGCUUCGUUCAACGAUACGUUCGUCCAUGUGACUGACCUUUCUGGAAAAGAGACGAUCUGUCGUGUUACUGGUGGAAUGAAAGUAAAGGCAGACAGAGACGAGGCAUCUCCAUACGCUGCCAUGCUGGCUGCGCAGGAUGUAGCUGCACGUUGUAAGGAGCUUGGCGUUACUGCUUUACAUAUCAAACUGAGGGCAACGGGAGGAAAUAGAACGAAAACUCCAGGUCCAGGUGCUCAGUCUGCACUGCGUGCUUUGGCGCGUGCAGGAAUGAAAAUCGGAAGAAUUGAGGACGUGACGCCUAUUCCGUCUGACAGUACAAGAAGAAAAGGAGGUCGACGUGGACGACGUCUUUGAGUUGUUUUUGACUGUUCUGUUGAUUGAAUAGAUAUACAGAGUACUAGAUAAACAUUUGUUCCUAUCGUCAUCUUCAAUACUGUCAGUUGGCAAACUAAAGUAAAAUGCACCGAAUUCUUUUUAUAGGG